CUACGAACAGCUGUUCGUUGUUACGUUGAUGCGGCCGGAGUAGCUUUUUAGAUUUACUUAAAAAUAAAUAAAAUAGAGCAAAUGUUGAGAUGAACAAUAUCCUGAGACAUGGACAGCGCCUGGGCUGUUGGCUGCCUGCUGUCCAACAGCAUAUACACACCACUGCAGUUCACCGGACCUUUUGGGAGCGCGAAAAGAAGUCCGGCUACAAGACCAAACUGCCGGAACCCUCUAAAAAGCAGCUCAUCUUGGACGGAUUGAAAGAUCUCAAGGAAGAAAUCAAGCUGUGGCGAAAGGAGGUGAAGGAACAGUUCGAGAGUGAUCCAAUACUGGUGUUCCGUCCAGGCGAAACAGACGUGGUGUUUGACUUCAAGGCGCCAGAUGUCCUUGAUAAAUGGACAGUGACCACAGAUGCGGAUCACGGCGAGGGCAAGAGCACUGCCACUCUCGAAUUAAGUGCCGCUGGAGCCGGACUGUUUCAUGGCGAGGUAAACUCGGAUCACACAAAGGAUGGCAUUAUCAAGCGGACGGGAUACGCAAAUAUUCGCACAAAAAGAGUGCGCAAAUCCUUUAAACGGGAGACCACCUACGACUGGACGCAGUACAACAUGCUCAUAAUGAAAGUACGCGGCGAUGGACGGAGCUACUUGAUAAACUUGCACACCGAAGGCUACUUCGAUCUGAUGUGGAACGACAUCUACCAUUACGUCCUGUAUACCCGAGGUGGACCCCAUUGGCAGAUCGCCAAAAUACCCUUCUCGAAGUUCUUCUUGUCCUCAAAAGGGCGAGUUCAAGAUCGUCAAGGUCCCAUUUCCUUAAAUCGAGUAACCCACUUUGGUUUCUCAGUGGCAGCUAAAAAAGGCAUGGACGGUCCCUUUGGACUUGAAAUAGAAUACGUUGGCUUGCAGUACGAUCCCAGCCACAGAGAGGAAUUCGCCUACGAGAUGUACCAAACACCGAAAUAUAUUGUGGCCACGUAACGUAAAUACAACAUUAUAUUAAGAAAGUGUUAUUUAAUUUUAGAUAAUGUACUAAAUGAAGUAAUAUUUGGUAAAUUUUUAAAUUAAAUUAAAAACUUUGCAAGUAACUUAGUAAUAA